AUGGGGGACAACGAUGAUGGUGAGGUGUAUGCAGCGAUGCGUGUGGGGCCUGAUGCAGUGCCUCAGCGCCGGUCGCGUCUGCGCCUUCGCGCAUUGGAUGAGGACGAGCAAGAGGCUGCAUUCAGGUUGGUGGAGCGGCUAGCUGCGAAGCUAGCUGCCAAGAUCACGGACACUGAUAACUGGGAGGAGGCAGAGGGCUAUAUCACAGCCCUCCCUUAUGCACUGAACGUUCAACUGCAGCCUUACUCCUAG